UCAACUGAAACUGUCAUCAGUGCUGUAAUCGAACGAGCGAGCGUAUUAAAAAAAAGUGAAAAGAAGAAAUUAUUGCGAGAGCGAAGAAAAAAAACUCGUCAGUUUUGGUUGUGUGUUUCCAUUUUUAUAUUCUGCGUAAUUUUCUGGAUUUUGGUGUCUAAUUCAGAACCUACGGGGUGGAAAACAACAUUGUGGAGCUUUGCAAAUAAGCAGCGUUGAAGUUUUCAGCGUUAUCAAAGUGUUUGCUGCGGUGGCACAGACCGAUCGGAGUUCAGCAGUUUCUAGACUGCUUUUUGUGGUCAGAAGAGUUUCAUCCUGCCACCACCAGUUCCUAUUAAUAAUAAAUAACGGUCGGUUCAAUACUGCUGAAAGGUGAAGAGUGCAGAAUAGACUCCUACUUUGUUUAGGAAUCCUUCAGGAAUCCGUUCCAACUUGUCACGCAAACAUGGCGGAUCAAACAAAUCUGAACUCCACUCAGGAUCAAGUUCGUGGCAAAUUUCUGCCACUAGAUAUGAACAAUGCGAACUGUGACCGGAAAAGACCGAUAAAAAAGCUCAUCUUUCAGCCGAGUCCAGUCGGGAGUUUUCCUUCGCGGACGCCUCCGCUUCCAGACAAAACAAGAGAUCGGAUAAAGAUGCAAGCGACGGGAAAACUUCAGAUUGCUGCCAAUCAGAUCUAUGACUUCACAGCGGACGAUCUAAUAGACGAGGGAGAGAUCGGUCGAGGAGCUUUCGGUGCCGUGAAUCGUAUGAAAUUCAUCCAAACGGACACGGUGAUGGCCGUCAAACGGAUCCGGUCAACGGUCGACGAAAAGGAACAGAAACAACUGCUGAUGGAUCUGGAGGUGGUCAUGAAAUCCAACGACUGCAACACAAUCGUAACCUUCUACGGUGCGCUGUUCAAGGAGGGCGACUGUUGGAUAUGCAUGGAAUUGAUGGACACUUCGUUGGAUAAGUUCUAUAAGUUUAUCUGUGAUUGUCAGCACGACCGGAUCCCGGAGUCGAUACUGGGUCAAAUUACGUUGGCAACGGUGCGAGCUUUGAACUAUUUGAAGGAGGAAUUGAAAAUCAUCCAUCGGGAUGUUAAACCCAGCAACAUCCUGCUGAAACAGAACGGAGACAUUAAGCUGUGCGAUUUUGGCAUCUCCGGACAGCUGGUGGAUUCGAUUGCGCGGACCAAAGACGCUGGCUGUCGACCGUAUAUGGCGCCCGAACGAAUCGAUCCACAGCGCGCUAAGGGGUACGAUGUACGGAGCGAUGUUUGGUCUUUGGGAAUUACUCUGAUGGAAGUGGCCACCGGAAAAUUUCCCUAUCCCAAGUGGGGUUCCGUGUUCGAACAGCUAUCACAGGUUGUCGAAGGAGAUCCCCCGCGAUUGUUACCAUCCUACAACGGUAUGGAGUUUUCGUUGGAUUUUGUAAACUUUGUAAAUACUUGCUUAAUCAAGGACGAGAAGGACCGACCGAAGUACAGCAGACUGCUGCAGCACGCCUUCAUCCAGCGAGCAGAGCGAAGCCACACCGACGUGGCGGCGUACGUGAGCGAGGUGCUCGAGUCUAUGGCCAACAAUGGCAUUACACCUUUCACUACGAACCUGCCGGCAGAGCGUUGGAAUGAAAGUUUCAACUAGGACCCGUGCGCCUUUCUGAGGCUCAAUCAUUUAUUCUCCUUCCUCUUCUACUUCUUUCCUAGUUCGGUGUGAGAUUGGUUCUUGAACCUGCAGCGCCACCGUGUAAGUUGUGUCGAGAUGAAGACCACGCUUGCACUUGUGAUUUUUAUGGACGCGUUCGUGUGUAUUCGUCAAUGUGAUAGUGAGAUUUGUUCGGAUGGGGGUUGUGGUGACUGAGAGGGGAUUUUUCGGUUCGUUUGGAAUAUCGUUUCCAAGCCCUGGGUUCUCUAACAAUAGCAGGUUGUUGAAAUGGGGUGUGACGAGGACAAUAAAUUGCCUCCCAAGAUUUUUUGUUGUUGUAUAAUUUUACUUUGAAGAAAAAAAAAUAAUGUGGUUGGGUAAUCCUGUAUCGGCAGGUGUUUGUGCGUGAUUGCUAGUAUGAGUGACUCCGCGAAAAAUCGUGAUUGAAAAGCAGAGAUUCAAUAAUUUUUAAACAAUAUAAAUAAAAAUAUUUAAUUAUGUGAAACAAAAAAAAAAUACAAAGUGAAAACAGAGUUAGACGAUAAAUAGCAGAGGAAGCAAACAAAAAAAACUAGUUGUUGUUAGUUGUUGAAUAAAUCAAUUGAUUUUGAACGCUAAAAUAGUCGCUUUUUAGGGAAAAAGUGUAUCAAACAAAAUGUGAAGCCACGCUAACAGUUGAACUAAUCAGUGAAAAGCAAAACUUUUCUAAUAACUUAAGAUACUAGAUUACCUGCUUGAAGUAAACUUCAUAAGCUAUAGUCAUAAAAACUACGCCAGGGUAUAGAAUUACCACUUUCCAUGAAGGCAGAAGAUUUCACUGCAUAACCCAUUCUGGGGAAGGCAUUUUCUUUUGUGAAAAAAAAACACCUUUUAAACAAGAAACGGUCUAUUUGUUAGUAAUCGCCUUAAUUUCUUGCUUUAGCUACCACGUGAGCGAGCUGCUCGAUGCAUUUAUCACGAUUUCUCCUUGCUCUGGAAAAGCUCUGAUUUAAAUUAAAGCUUAAAUGCAUAGAAUGUUGCUGUUUCCCGUACCAUUUACUGUGCAAACAAAACUUUUUGGGCCUUCAAAUCUUGUUUCUAGAACACUUCCUUCUAGAAGGCUACCUUUCUGAAGAGCUUAUCACCGACACUGUAGAAAAUGAAAAAAAAUACCAAAACAACACGCAACUACACUAACACAUACGACUAUAAUAGAUUACUGACACUAUUAGAACCAAGAGGUUAAACAAAGUAACUAAAUAAUUAAAAAAGAAGUUUUAAUCUUAAUGAGAAAUGAAGGGAAAGGUAUUAUUCUAAAUGUAGGAAGCAACAGCAGAGAAAAGCAUCCGAAACACCACGAGGGAAAGCGAAGAACGUCACACAACUAACUAAAAAUAAUGCAAACCAACAGGAACGACUAUUAGUAGAGCGAAAUUUGUUAUAGACACUCACUCCUACACUCACACAAAUAGUCCUUCAGUGAUUCACUUACACAGAAAAAGAAGCGUUCAGUAAACAACAAAAAAUAAACAGAAUAAAAUAGAAAACAAAGAAGUUUAACCAUAAACCAUCCUGUGAGUUACGGAGCUGCAGACAAUUAAGAAUAAACCACAAUGCAAUAUUAGAGAAUUUCUGAGAAAAA